AUGGCGGCCUUCAACCCCGAUUCCACUUACGGCGCACUCCUCGUCGGGGUCAUCCUCUCCGCUGUCCUCUUUGGGAUCAGCUGCACACAAGCGUACAUGUAUCAUGCGCGUUUCCCGACGGACCCCCGGCGGCUGAAGGUACUCGUGGGCGUUGUCUGGGCGUGCGAGGCGGCGCAUCUCGGACUCGUAUCACACACGCUCUACACAUGGCUCGUCACAGACUACGGCCACCCGGAGCGGCUGCUCGGCCGGCCGCCCGUGUCGCUGACGGGGUUCAUCGUCCUCACCGUCUUCGUCUCCGUCAUCGUCCAGGGCUUCUUCUCCUACCGCAUCCACGUGCUCUCGAAGUCGCGCGUCAUGGCGUAUCUGACCUAUCUCAUCACCGCCGUCCGUCUUGGCCUGGGGCUCACGAUCUUCGCGCUCGCGCUGCAGGCCGACACGCUCGCCGCGUUCAGCGUCCAGUUCGACUGGCUGCUGCUGACGAUGUGGAGCCUCACCGCCGCGGGCGACAUUGUGAUCACGCUCUCGCUGGUGUACCUCCUCUGGGUGCAGCGCGGGAAGGUGCAUAAGGAGACGGGUGCCUUUCUGGAUCGAAUUAUCAAGUGGACAAUCGAGACGGGAGUGGCUACGAGCACGUUCACUACCGUCAUGCUAAUCUGCUUCCACACGAUGCCGCAUAACUUCGUUUGGAUGGGGCUGUUCGUCAUGGAAGCGCGCAUGUUCGCCAACUCUUUGUUCGCCAGCCUCAACUCGCGCACCGUCCUGCGCGACCUGCGCCAGAACGCGUCUGGCUCGCGGAGCCACUCCGACCACGCGAUGUCGAACAUGACCCCACCGUACCCACCCCCGCCGUUUAACGCCCAGGGCAUCACCAUCGCGGUGCGGACGGACUUCGAGGUCGAGCAGGACCGGGACUCGGACCGCGGCAUGGAGACGAAGGGAACUGCAUGGUGA